GACUUCACUUUAUGAUAAAAGAAAAAGACCCCCUUUACACACACCACACUCGCAAUAUAUUUUACAAAGAGGUCUUCAACAACAUUACCCAUGAACAAGAAAAUACAAGUCCAACACAGCAAAACGCCAUCAUCACUGAAUGAAGCAAACAUGUAUGCAAAUCAACUCAUGAGUUUCCUAACAAGAGAGGGGAUUUUUACGGCUUCAUGAAUCAAAUGACAUGCUAAGUUUAAUAUGUCUCUGCUCUAUUACAAAAGCACGUGCUCGAACACUAUUCAAGUAUCGACAACUAUGCUAAUGGAGAUGAAACUCACCGCAUAUGCAGAUUUAUUAAUCCAAUACAUCCUUGCUACCCACUCAUAACCAAAAAAAUAAGGAUGGCACCUAGCUUGGUUUGUGUUAACAUUGCUUUCUUUAAUGCCGAAUUGGGCAGGGCAAGAAUUACUAAUAAUACAUCAAGUUUAUUCACUUCAAAAACGGAUUUAGUUCUACUUUGUUCUUUAGCUUAUGUUCUUUUUUAAUACAACCAAGCCUGUAACGACAGGUCUGGAAAGACUAUCUCUAUAUAUGGGUUUUCAAACAAAGUUAAUACCGAUGAUGUUCGAGAGUCUCCUUCCCUCUAUAUUUCCCGAUCAUUAUUGAAAAAAAAGGUGUUCGAUUGGUCAUUUAUGAUCCUGUUGUGCCCACGAUUAAAAUCAAAGCAUACUUUCCUAGAAGUGUUCAAAAUAAAAUAGUAGUCGCAGAGACUCGAGAAGCUGCUUGGGAAGUGGAAGUGAUAGUAUUCAUGGUUAAGUGGCCCGAAUUUGAAAUAAUGUUGCAACAAGAGAAGGAUGCCAUGUUAGCAGGUAUGAUAGAGCCAAAAUUCAUCUUCGAUUGUUGUGAUCUAGUUCCGGAUGGGGAAGUAUUUGAACGUACCACUGUUUACAGACUUGGGAAGCCUACGUAGAGUUGCAAACGCGAGGAUUAAGAUGUGGGGAAGAUUUUCUAGAACUGCAUCGAGGAUAAAAUUUGGGUUCAUAACAAUGUGCCACAGUGACUUAAGUUUGAUGUCUUGUUUUUUUGUGGUACAAACUAUGUGUUGCUGGUUUUGGGCUGCUGUAUCUUUGAACUAGAGGGUAUGGACUGGGGGGUUCACGUCUACUGUUUCGUGAUUUUGUAGUGUUUACAAACGUUGAAAGAACCUUUUUUUGUGGCAACUCACACUAACUUGCACCGUUAUUAAAUCUCCAACCGGACCGGACGGUCUGACCGGUUGAAUCGCAACCUGGACUUGUAACCGGUCCAGUCCAAAUCUCCAAAAGCCCGCAAAAACCCGGAUUGGACUGAUUUGACCCGGAAAAAACUGGAUUUUCUGGG